UGCGGGACGGACACGAUGAGGGGGACGCGCGCCACCUCCGCUUUUGUUGUGAAACUUCAGCACGCGCCAUCCGGCCCGCCGGCACAUGGUCGCCAUUGAGUGUCUCCAUGGCAACACGGCACACAGCUCUUUUUUGACACAAGCGCAUCUGUUACGAGGGUUAAACUGGGUUAAUAGGAUUCUCUUUUGACGACCCGAACCCUAACCUCAUGAUGACUCGGAUUGAUAUUCAGGAUUUAUGAUUCAUGAUGAUGAUGACAGUUGUUUACGAUGGUUAGGGUUCGGAUUCUUGAUUCUUAUGAUUGUUACGGUAUUCAUAGGGCUGUUCUUCGUGAUUGUGAUUGAUGAAGAUCAUGAUUGUUAUUCUUAUUCUGUUUGGGAUUAGGACUGCGAUGAAGGGAAAAUGGUGCGCGCGCGCGUGUGUGUGUGUGUGUGUGUGUGUGCCGGCGGGACAUGUAAGUGUCCAGGCCGGUGACACGUUGCUCUCGUUAAUCUGCGCCUCUCGAGUCAAAUCUGCACAGAUUGCGAGCUAAUCUGAGCAGAUUGACUUGAGAGCGGCAGAUUCUCUCUCUGUGCGUGUGUCUGUUGCCAUGACGACGUGACACUUUUUCAGCGGGCAACGGGUCAGAUCGAUCAUCUUAGUCUGGGUCAUCGGCAAGGACUGACAGGAUGAUGCUGACUGACAGCUGGACCGUGAUGAACAACAGCAGCUCGGAGCUGGACGCCAAACGCACAAACAAGCGCAAGAAAUGCUGCGGCUUCCUUUUGUGGGCGGUGCCGCUGGUCGCCGUGGUAGCGGUCGUCACGGCGACGCUCACCCUGGUCUACGUCAAACGCUACCCUCUGCCCUUCAUCACCAGAGACCAAGCGUCCUCGUCUUCUCCCGUCAUCUCCAUCGAUCCCAAAGAGUCGGGCGCCACGGUGACGGUGUCGCAGGCGGGCGACGGCAUCCUCCUGGACCCCGAGUGCCCGGACCCCGCCCGCAACUUCGAGCGCUGGGAGGCGCUGCGCAACUCGCUCGUUCGAGCGCUGAGCACGCGCCACGCCGAAGACCGGCAGGAGGCGAGACGCGCACGCACGCUGGCCGACGAGGUGGAGGCCGCGGUGGGACAUGCGCGUGACCUCGCGCGCCAAGCGCAGGCCCUGAAAAGCGGCCAAGGGAUUCUGGAACAGAGACUGGAACACCUGCAGAACCAGCAGAACCGCAUCGCUCAGGUACUGUCGGACGAGCAAGCGGGGGUCCUCAAGCUCAGUUCAGCUUUGACUGAUUCCCUGUCCAGCCUGCAGAGGGAGACAGAGAGUCUGAGCAGACUGCACCGAGAGAAACACACAGCUCUCACGCCCAGAGACUGCAGCGAGGUCAUGGCGGCGGGAAAUUCCCGAGAUGGAGUUUAUUCCGUCUUCCCGGUCCACGAGCCCGACGGCUUCACGGUCUUCUGCGACUUGAGCACGGACGCGGGAGGCUGGACCGUGAUCCAGAGGAGACAGGACGGCUCUGUGAAUUUCUUUCGCGGUUGGGCCGCAUAUCGAGACGGCUUUGGAACAACAACAGGAGAGCACUGGCUAGGCCUGCAGAGGAUUUCCGCUCUGACACGCUCAGGCGGUUACGAGUUGCGAAUCGACAUGGCCGACUUUGAAAACGCGACAGCCUUCGCGCAUUACGCCGAAUUCUCCGUGGGCCGAGACUCGGUCAACCCCGAAGAGGACGGAUACCCGCUCACGGUGGACCGCUACUCGGGAACCGCAGGUGAUUCGCUCCUGAAGCAUUCCGGGAUGCAGUUCACCACCAAAGACCGCGACCGGGACCAGUCGGAGAACAACUGCGCUACGUACUACCAGGGCGCCUGGUGGUACCGCAACUGUCAUACGUCCAACCUGAACGGGCAGUACCUAGGCGGAGGCCACGCAUCUUACGCCGACGGCGUGGAGUGGUCCAGUUGGACUGGCUGGCAGUAUUCUCUGAGAUUCACCGAAAUGAAGAUCCGGCCCAGGCCCAAACCCAACUGACCGUCCAUCCCGUGCAAUGGCUCGGAUAAACCAAAUGUUGUUGCACUAUUAACAUCAGCAAAGGCAUUUUUUCAGCUUUCGAAGAGCGACAGCAGUCCAAUUGCUGCCCUUCAUUUCCACCACGUUAAGUCAUCUUUUGUUCAGUUAGCACGUUAUUUAUUGCAUGUAAAAGUGUUUAGGGAUUGCUCUAUAGACAACCACAUAAAAUGACAUGAAUAUGUUGACUGUAGGACUUGUGGAUUUAUCAUUAAAGACUUUUCGAUUCAAA